AUGAUGGCAUUUAUUCCAAUAAAUACGCGCCUGAUUUGCUACAGUUAUCAGAGGCAAAACAGGACAGUACUGAUUGAAGAUAUGGAUGACUGCCUCUUUGCUGGCACAUGUUGUUACUCUGCCGAUUUUACUAAUUCCAAAACAAAGAGUGUGACGGCCUUUGGUGGCUGCGCAAAUGAAUAUUUCGGUCUGAUGACCAUUUUACCCGAGCUUAGCGCGAUCUCGGAAGUGGAAAAGACUCGCAUUUGUGAAGAAGAGACCUGCAUUGAGCGAAUGACACUGCUUGGGACACUACGUUUCUGCGCCUGCAAAGGGGAUAAAUGCAACGAUAAGGGUAUCGAUGGCGCUGCGCAAGACUAUCGUGACCGAAAAGCAAAGCAGGAGUUUGCUCAGAAAAUUGCUCAAUCCCGUAAUGUGAUCGAAAAAGCUAUGCAAAAUAUGAUGGACGGGUGA